GUCAAAUUCAAUGGCGGAUCGCACAUCGGAGCAAAACAGAAAAACUCACCAAAAUAUAACCAUACAUUAAUCAAUUGAAACAUAAACGUUUAUUAACCCGUAAACAUGUCGGCCGUCGUUUCGGACUGCUUCACGAUCGGCAGUAUAGUCGCCACGCGCACCUGUUACAACGAAAACAUCGAAGGAGAGGUCCUAGCUUUCGAUCCUCAAACAAAAAUGUUGAUUCUGAAAUGCCAAUCGUCCAGCGGCAAUCCGAAACGGCACGACGUCAACAUCGUGAACCUGUCCCUCGUCAGCGACGUUCAAAUCAAGAAGGAAGUAUCAACGGUACCAGAGCCCCCCCAAUCAUUGAACUUGCACAGAUUGAACACAAGAGUUAGAAAUUCUAUUGAAAACAAACGAAGAUUGGUAUCAGCAUUAUCCGCAUGCCUAGAUCCUGAAGGACAAAGACUGUUCAUGGCGAUAGCUAGAGUGAUUGACGACGUGUCCUGGGCCGGACAGAGCAUCCGAGUAUAUAAUAACAAAAUACACCAAGUAAUGAUCACACCUCCAUAUAAGGUCGAUGACGUCAUAGGCGAAAAGGAUUCCCAGUCGUAUAAUUAUAUUAAGAAAUUCGUAGAAAGACACUGGCGCGAUCGUCCCACGCCUGCGCCCCAACAAUAAACCGUACAUACAUAGAAACUUUAUUAUAUUAUAAUUAUUAUAUAUACCAAAAAAAAAA